CGAUGACCCCAUGGGCGGCAUGGACUUCUCCUCCAUGAUGGGCGGCAUGGGCGGCAUGGGCGGCAUGGGCGGCAUGGAAGGUAUGAUGGGCGGUGGCCCUAAGCAGCCCAUGGACGAAGUCGACGGCGGCGUGGGCGACACCAAGUGGAAAUGGGAGAUGAACGACGACGAGAUCCUCGUGCGCAUCGCCCUCGCCAAGCCCACGACCAAGAAGGACCUCAAGGUGACCUUCGCGCACAAGACGCUGAAGGUUGAGGUCCACGGCGAUGUCAUCAUCGACGGGAAGCUCGAGGGCGCGGUUCACGCCGACGAGUGCACCUGGUGCAUCGCCGAGAAGGGCGCCGAGCUUCAGCUCAUGCUCGUCGCCACCUCGGGCAACCGCUGGGUCUCCCUCAUGGACGGAUCCGACUAAGCGUUAAAGCAAACGCCGGCGGCGGAGAAAGAACUUCGAUUCCCGAGUCGCCGUAAAACGCAAUCUUCUUUUUCUAACUAAAGCGAACUUUUGAAAUCAUCAAACCUAAGAGUCCGAUG